CCUCAGAUGAGCAUCCGCUUCCGGGUCCCAGGCUGAAUUGAUGGUGAGAGGAGUACGGGGCGCCUUAGGCCUGCCGGCGGGAGAGGUUGUACGAAGAUUUUUUACAGCGCCGUGGGCGCAGGACUCAGGGCCUUGCUGGAGAUGGACAGCCGGAUUCCUUAUGAUGACUACCCGGUGGUUUUCCUGCCUGCCUAUGAGAAUCCCCCAGCAUGGAUUCCUCCUCAUGAGAGGGUAUACCACCCAGACUACAACAAUGAGUUGACCCAGUUUCUGCCCCGUAUCAUCACACUGAAGAAGCCCCCUGGAGCUCAGUUGGGAUUUAACAUCCGAGGAGGAAAGGCCUCCCAGCUAGGCAUCUUCAUCUCCAAGGUGAUUCCGGACUCUGAUGCACAUCGAGCAGGACUUCAGGAAGGGGACCAAGUCCUAGCUGUGAAUGAUGUGGAUUUCCAAGAUAUUGAGCACAGCAAGGCUGUUGAGAUUCUGAAGACAGCUCGAGAAAUCAGCAUGCGUGUCCGCUUCUUUCCCUAUAAUUAUCACCGCCAGAAAGAGAGGACUGUGCACUAGAGAGUUGCAACCCACAGCCCUCCACAUGGAAUCUUCUAGGACGAGCUAGCUAGGCCUCAGGGAAGCCACUUGGGAAACUCUACUCUCAGCCCCACCCUGGCAGAGUGGAGGAGGGAGGAUGGGGAGACAGCGAGGCCCUGUCCUGAGCCAGCUGGCCAACUGCAUUAUCCCACCUGUACUGCACUUUGAGUUCCCUAGUUUUCUAGGUGGGCUUCAUUCCCUGGAAGGAGAAGGCUGAUGAUGUCUAGGUAUCGCUUAGCCUGUGGAGAACCCUGCUAGAGAAGGCAACUGACAUUUAUUGAAUACCAUGUGCGAGGCAAUUCCACAUAUGUCAUGUCAUUUUCAUUAACGUCUACAAAUCUUGGGGGCCUCCCACCUAAUCUGCCUGGCCAUCUCAUCCCAUCCUUAUGCUACCAGUCAUACACUUUGGAGACUCCAGUGGAACCCCGUUUUCCCCCACUCCCUCCUUCUAUCUUCUCUCUCCAAAAAAGUAAAACACAAUGCUGAGGAAAUGUUGCUUGAUACUGAUUUGGAUGAUACUGAUUGGGUGUUAAAUGCCUUCGAGAUAAAAAUAGAAGCUCUUCCAAAGAGAAGAGCCACUAGAAGCAGCAGAGCAACACUAUAUGUACUUCACAAUUAUCUCUCUCAGAACAUUAGGGAGACCCAGGAAGCUUACCUACAGUAUAACUGAGGAAUGGUAUAGGGUGAGGGGGUACUGGAGGAAACAGUGCCCCUUCCCCCAUGAGCUGUGGCCAUUUCUCUGCAGGGGGCAGUAUUAAUAUAGUUCUGUCUUCUCUUUUCCCAGAUUCUUUCAUCGGGAACAUAAACUAAGGGAGAGGCUUGGAUGCAUUUCUUUUCAGGGACAGCAGUAAGAAAUUGCUUCCCAAUUUUCACCUGGUUCGUUGAGUAGUACUGACUGCUGAUUUCCCCCUUGUCUUCACCCCAGCCCCCAAAUAACCUUCUGCUAUGUUCUUAGCACUCCAUUGUUAGAGAUUCCAGGCCACACCUUAUGCCAUUUCCAUUGGCAUGUUCACAAUGCCCGUUCAGAAUAGAAAGUUGUCUAAUGAGGUAUGGGGCGAAGUUGUACCCCAUAAUGAAAGUCCCGAAUUUGCCUUGAAAGAAUCCUGGGAAGCUUCAAUAUAUAUUUUGAGGCCCUUGCCCCCAUUGAGUGAUUCUAUUGAUCUGAGGUGGAGCCUGGAAGUCUGAAUUUUUAUUUUUCUUUUUUUAUUAUUUUGUACUUAAAGAUCUUUUUAUUCAAAGUCACAAUACAAUUAUGUACAUCAACUAUACUUCGAUUUAAACAAUCACAAUACAAUUAGGAGGCUGCCCCUCUGCACUUUCAGUGCCACUUCUACUCAUGUUGCCACAGUUAACCCACUUUGCCACUCUACUCUCUUCUCUCCAAAUUUUGCACAAACCAACCAAUUUACUAACUCUGCGAAGCAGUAAUCACCCAGGGUUUCCAUGCUUCUUUUUUGUUUUUAAUGGAUUUUAAAAUAAGGGGAAUAAGUCUUCAAAUACGGGAAACAGUUCUAAAUAGUAGUAACAUAUCUCUUUGAGGAAGUUCUGGUUCUUCCUAUAAAUCCCACCCCAGCUCUACUAUGGUACCUCUUCUAGAGGCUCGCUGCUAUUGUCAGGUGGCAACAUCCUAGUGAGCAGAGCUGGAGGUACAAUCAAUCUAGCUGUCUCUGUGUUUCCUGGGAAAUCCCCCCAUAUAGAAUUUAUGCUCCUGUUUGCUCUGCUGCCCCCCAGUGGCCAUCUGAGAAGCUAGAGGCUGAGAUACUUGCACAAAGGCAUAUUGGCUGAGUCUACUGAAUGUUGAGGUCCAAGACUCUCCCAACUGUCUGUGGUUAAAAGGUUUUAAAACAACUCAUCAAAGAAGUGUGGUAAACAGGGUAAAAAGUCCCAGCCAGGUGCCAUGGGCCUAAGAGGCAAAAAUCCUGCCCUAAAUUGGUUCUUUGAGGUAUUUAGAAUGGUUCUGUGUUGGGGCACAGCAUGAUGCAACUGCAUUGUGGAGGUGUAGGCAGAGCAUGGACAAGGUGCAAACAAUAAGAGGCUGAGGUGAAAGGACCAGUCAUUUAUUGAGGGUGAGAUAAGAAAACAGUGGAGAAGGAACUGUAUCAAUCUUUGAGGUAUCCCAGCUGCUGUAGAACUGCAUCCCCUAUAGAUGUGUUUUAGCAGUCAGAGACGGCCAGGUGGAAUUCCUGGACUCUGUCAGAACUUUCCACCCUGUAACUGUGAGAAGUGGUCAAGAGAAAGUGAUAGCAUUUUCAGGGGUUCCGUUUUACUCCUAAGCCUAGGAAUUGAACAAGAGCUUAGUAAGUGGCCAAGUAUUUAAACCAUAAACAUGAGGUUGGGGGAGAAGGACUGGUACUGGGAAGCCCAAAUGCAGUAAGUUGAUCAUGUUAGGCAGAGAGAUAA